AUGGUUAAGGCGAGAGAUUGCUAUUCUGUCUUUUACAUCAGUACAAAGGGAGGACUAAAUGCCAAAAAAGAGAAAAGUUUUUUAAAAAAUGACGCUUUAAAACAGUUCAAGUAUCUUUGUGUUUACGGGGAGAAGGGAAUAACUGCGGCUGAGGCUCUGAAAAGAGACAGUCGCUUCACCGAUGACCUGGGCGACUUUGAGCUGGUUAACAUCGACGACGAACGGAGCAGAUACGGAAAUAAAAAUGUAGCCAUCCCAGGGCAGCAGAAACCUCCACACGCAACAAAUAAUGCAAAGCGCAGCGGUGGAAUGACAUCAGUCUUAGAUGUUUACGAUCUACUUUGUCAGCAGUAUCCGUGUCUGAAACGAUGGAUGGAGAGUAGAUUCCCCAAAAAUUCUUUCCAGGAAGCACUGAAGUACAGGAAGGAGUGCUUUGGAAAGAGCCGACAGCCUUUUACUGAAAUUCGCAGUGUUAUGUUGCUGCUCGAACUGAGCGUGUCUGUUUACCAAGAAUCAGACAGGAACAACCUUAGAGCUAAGGUGUUCAUCAGCAACGAUAAGUUAGAUUAUGUCAUACUUAAGCUGGAAACAGAGAAAGUGCCGCCAGGGCUCCUUAAGAGAUUUGGACCUGUACCUUCAGACGGCGAGGCCUGUGUCGUCGGACACCCAGGAGGAGGAGUGAAAAAAAUGAGUCCUACGGGAAAGAGAGGCCAGAGCAUGCUAUUUUUGGACUGA